ACACAAUGCAUCUCUGUCUCCUUGCAUUACAGUUUCCUGUAACUCCGUAUCGAUCGCUUCUAUUCAGUGACAGCUGUGCAUGUUGACAGUUCGUUGACAAGUGCUUGGAUAAACGAAAAUCGCCGCGGCAGCAGCCAAUUUACAUCGGACAAUGUCUUUCCAAGAGAAACUAUCGGCCCUUAUGGCCAGACCGGGUCAGGAUCCAGUCGCCAAAGACGAUGUGCCGUGGUGGAUGAAAUUCGGUGGUCGAGGGGUUGGAACCGUCGGAGGAUUCAUUGCGAUUUUCCUCGGCGUGUGGAAUUGCGUGGGAAUAAUCACCGGCAACGUGUCCGCGAUCCUGGCAGGACUGUGGCAGAUCGUCGCCGGUUUCUUGGUGCUCUGUUGCGAGGCACCAUGCUGUUGCAUGUUCGUCGAGCACGUGCAAAGGCUCAGCGACUUCGUCGAGAACCGGCCUUACUGGAACCGUGCCCUAGCCUACGUUGUUUUGGCGGUUCCCCCGAUUUUAAUGGACAUCGGUUUCAGCACGUUCUUUGGCAGCGGUCUCGUAUUUACUACCGGCGUCAUUUACGGCAUGAUGGCCCUGGGCAGGAAGGCCACCGCGGAAGAGAUGCGACAAGCCGCAGCGGCCGACCUGGAGGCGGCGCCCGGCUCCCGACCAACGAGCAACAUGAAGUCGAACCUGGUGGACAACGCGCAGCCGAUCAGCUUCACGGGCGCCCCCACGUUCGACAGUCACGUUUGAUGCGUGUCUUCGGCGCGUGACUCACUUUCCACAACCCGAGGCUCUGGCGGAACGCGUGCGAUCUUCUACCGUUUAAGCUCGAACGCUCCAAUACUCAUUAUUGUCUUCUCCGUUGUCCCCACACACCCGGUCGUCGGUUUCAUUUUACGGUUUCAUCUUCCUGUACACCAUGGUUUCGUUUUGGGUGGUCUGAUUGCCGUGUGUUUUACCGGAGCGUCCGCUUUAUACACGUAUAAGUUUUCCAAUUGGAUUUCGUGGCACCGGACGCUCAAUUAUCUCGUCAAUGCCUUGUUUUUAAUUGUAUAUAACAGAAACGCUGAUUGUUAUGUAUAUAAAUAUUUUUACAAAAAGAACAAACGUAUUAUUGGGAUUGUGGCGAGUUGAUUGGGGUUGUUCAGGUGAACGUGGUUAUUUAUUUUAUAUCAUACAAUUUUAGCGAAUAGUUUUUAAUGUUGAUAUAUUUGAGACUGUAUUAUUUAUGCUAUAAACUAUUAAUUUUAAAUCUUUCCGUCUAAUUUAUUUUGCUCAAUUGUUCACAUGUGUAGAAAAAAAGUUAGGUCAAUUCAAAUGUAGGAAAUUCUAGAUUGUAGACAUUUGUUUUUAGGGAUGAAGUGCAUUCUUCGCGGAUGACAAGUACUAAACAAUGUUAAUAAUGUUACGCAAAUCGGUGUCUACUUUAACAUUAAAACGAUCUUAAGUUGGUAAUAAGACAUAUCAAGAUUAUUUCCAUUCCAUUUUACUGUAAUUAUUUAGUGUAAUUAACUUGUUUGACGUGCACCAGUUAAUUGUUGAUUUUGGGCCAAUUAGAUUAUAUAUAUAUACAUGUGUGGCAGCAUAAGUGUCAAGGCCUCUUUUUUUCCAAAAUCUUACAGCUAGUCAUAAGAUUCCUUAAUUUGUGAUUUAUUUAUAGCAUUAUUUCUUCCAAAGCUACAUAAACAUGUUCAUGUAUCCUGUAUAUUGCCAAUUUCGAGAUUCAAGGCGAAAAUCCAAGCCACUCAAAAGACAUAUCUCCAAUUUGCUGUUCUUCAAAUUCCACAAUCCAAGUGAGAUUUAUUUAUAUUAUAAGUUGUUUGAAGAUCAUCAAAAACGGUUUUGGAUGGCGUGGAUUUGUUGUCUUUAAAAUUUUUAACUUUAACGCGAUUCGUUGCGUUGUUCCAUUUCUCAUUGUAUAUUUUACCCCCCAUAGGUUUAAGUGUAAGCCUAAAAUUCCCCCUAAUGUUAAGGACUAAUUGUAUUAAUUAUUACUGUAUUGUUAUUUGUGUAAUGUAUAUUAUUUACGUAUUAUUGUAGCAAUAAAUUGUCUUAUACAUUGCA